AUGAUUGUGUCAAGGCUGUUGUUGGCAUUUGGCAUUUGGCAUUUUUCGUCACUCGCUCAGGAAACGGGACUUUCCGCCUUUGCUGACGGAUCCGGUUCUGAAUUUCGCGUGUACAAUGACACGCUUGGUUUCCAAAAAGUCUUCGCCAUCGGCCUGCCCGACCGCACCGACAAGCGCGAUGCGCUCAGCCUCAUGUCCGCCGUCACGGGCUUCACGAUAACCUGGAUCGACGGGGCCCGCGGGUCGACCGUCCCGGACAAGGCCCUGCCCAUCGGCUGGGACCGGAAGGGCGGGCACAUGAACACGAUGCGGCGCAUCGUCGACGAGGGCAUCACGUCCGCGCUCAUCAUGGAGGACGACAUGGACUGGGACGUCUCCCUGAAGGACCGGCUCGCCGACUUUGCAGGCGCGAGCAGAGAGUUCCAGAAGGAAGGGAGCUGGUUCGUGGAACCCGCCAGCCACAAUGCCUCGAUCCCCGGCCCCGCGAGCAAGAGCCCUUACGGGCAGGACUGGGAUAUGCUGUGGAUCGGCUCGUGCGCGUCGACAUCCCCGCCGCGGCACCACCGCGUGGGCAACGCGGGCUGGAAGUGGGACGAGUACCCGGACAACACGCGCGUCGUGUACGUGCCCGGGGACAACAUCUGCAGCUUCGCGUACGCGCUGAGCCACACGGGGGCCAAGAGGGCGCUCGAGUACAUGAGCCUCGAGGGCCAGCACAAGCCGUUCGACAACCACCUGAGCGACCUCUGCCGGCUGCGGGCGAACGGGAUGCGCUGCGUCAGUGUCGUGCCGAGCCUGUUUGUGCACCACCGGCCGCGGGGCAGGGUCAGCGGGGACUCGGAUAUCAACAAUGGUGGCGGGGAUGAGUUUAGGGAGGUCGGGACGACGGAGAAUGUGCUGUACAGCACAAGGCUGAACCUCGCGAGGUUGCUGAAGGGGGAGAAGCCGGUGAAGCAGUGGGAUGAUUAAGCGAGGGAGAAGUCGGGUGGCUGUCAUUCAUCGGCGUUCAUGGCUAGUGCUGAGUUUGAUAUAAAGGAAGCCUUUUAAGGCGACAGACGGCUGGGUGUAUUCGAUUGUGCGCAAGAGACCAAAUGAGACACCGUCCAAGCAUCAGAAUCUUCGGGGAACCCGAGUUUGCCAAGUGCAGAGGCAGCCCCAAAGGCACUGCUAAGCACUAAUACCACCUUCCGGAGCAAGCCGGCGUCACAAUCUCAUGUCAAGAUAGUAUCGCGCAUGCGGGCAACUCUUGUAGGCAGUCUCUCC